CCGCGGCUCCGCGCAGUCCAAGACACCAUGACCAUUAUCAAACAUUCUUUGCGACCGCCGUGGCCUUGCUGCAGUAUGGUCAUGUACUCACAGUGUGGGUGGAACACCGGCGCAGACUCCAUACUCGACAAGUUUACCCAGGACGAUAUGAUGCACAUCUCCCCACGCAAUAGCAAGACCACCCGAUCUGUUCUUGCUCACUGAAGAGGUACACCCAGAGGUUAUCGCGGUACGAAUGUGAGGCAUCCCAUUGUGGUCGGCCAGGUUGGGUAGAGCCUACUUAGAGGGAUGUAAUAGACAACGAAUAGUGGUGGCAGCGAUCACUGACGUGGGAUGACUGCUGGAUGACUAGUACAUACUGUUCGGGCACGUUCGCCAGUAUUUGCAUACUCCUUGACUUCGAUUCUCUCCGCUUUCAUAGUUGGGGCAUCUCCGCGAAAGAAGCAAGGACAACAAGUGCAGCAAUGUCCGCAGUGAAGCAGGAUGUUACGGCCGCGGUGGCCAAGAAGACGGCGCCUUACGGGACUUGGGCGUCGCCCAUCACAGCGGACGCGAUCUUGCAGGGUGGCGGGUCAAAGUCCGAACUGUUCGUCGACCCGGUCACCUCCGCCAUAUACUACAUCCAAGGGAGGCCUGCUGAGGGUGGUCGCGAUGUCAUCGUCGAGGCGAGUACGGGUCGGGACGUGAUUGGAAAGGAGUGGAAUGCAAGGACAGGCGUACAAGAGUAUGGCGGCGGUCCAGCUAUGGCGUACGGCGGCGCGGUAUACUUUUCGAACUACACAGACAAUAGGGUGUACGUGGUCGCUGAGGGACACGACCCCAAACCCAUCACUCCUGAUAACAAGAACUUCCGUUACGCCAAGCUCAAUGUGCAUCCUGAGUACAACCAUAUCCUUGUCGCGAUCCUAGAGGAUCACACAAAGCCACGUCCGUCGGAUGUCGUCACGACGCUCUGCAUCAUCAACAGCAAGACCCACAGCGUCGCCACUGUCGUUUCGGGAGCCGAUUUCUAUGCCUUCCCAUCCUUCUCGCCGGAUGGCAGGUACCUCGCCUGGGAACAGUGGGCGCAUCCUGACAUGCCAUGGGAGGGCUCGGAGAUCUAUGUCGCCAAGGUCGACGUGAACGAGGAUGGCCUCGCGCUGAGCGACACCACUUACGUAGCGGGAAGGAAGAUCGACAUCAGCGCAUCUUCGCCUGCCUGGGCGUCGAAAGACAUCCUCCUGUUUACCACCGAUGAGACUGGAUACCAAAACCCCUGGAUAUACUCCGUGUCAUCUGGUAAAGCAACACCAGUCCUUCCGUCACCCAUAGACGAGGACUUCAACCAGCCGUUACACAGCCUGGGUGGGGAAUACAGCGCGCCGCUAGACCUGCAUGCUGGGCGUGCGAUUUACACAACACUGAAGGAUGACCGCAUCGCGCUGUACAUCGUCCAGCUCUUCACGGGUGAGAUCGAGGAAAUUGAGUGCCCCUAUACGGAUGUCGAAGAUUUAAAACGCGUUGGACCCAAUUCCUUCGUGUUUCUCGCGAACAGCGCGGAGGCUCCGCAAGUACUCAUCGUAUGCGUCUUAGCUGAUGGUGCGAAGCCUCAGUUCCGCGAGGUCAAUGUUGCGUCUACGAGUACUGCGCCGAAGUUCCCGAAUUCGUUGAUCUCUAUCGCCCAGUCUAUGACGCUGACGACGGAGGAUGGCGAGCUGCACGUUCUGUACUUGCCACCGAAGAACCCCGCAUACGAGGCACCGGAGAGUGAGAGGCCACCAUGUGUGGUGAAUGCCCAUGGUGGCCCUACCGGACGGGAUUCCGCGUCCCUGAGCUGGACCAGACAGUACUUCACGAGCCGUGGCUGGGCGUGGGUGGAUGUCAACUACGGUGGAAGUUCAGGGUAUGGUCGGAAGUACAUAAAGCGACUAGAGGGCAAGUGGGGUAUCGUGGACGUGGAGGAUUGCACUCGUGCGAUGCAACAGCUCUCUAGUCCACCCUACUCCCUCAUCGACCCCAAACGAAGCGUCAUUCGUGGAGGGUCCGCCGGUGGCUUCACGACUCUGGCGAUAAUCUGUCUCAAACAAGAUGCAUUUGCUGCCGCGACGUCGCUAUACGGAAUCGCGGACUUGCGAUCGCUCGCGAAGGAGACGCAUAAGUUCGAGUCGCAUUACUUGGAGAAGCUCAUAGGAGGCACACUGGAGGAGGUGCCUGAGGUUUACGAGGAACGUUCGCCCAUCUUCCACGCGGACAAGAUCAAGACGCCGUUGCUGGUUUUGCAAGGCUCAAUCGAUGCUGUGGUACCACCUGACCAAGCGGAAGUCAUCGUAGAGGCGAUCAAAAAGCGGCACGGACGCGUUGAGUACACCGUCUUUGAAGGCGAGGGACACGGAUGGAGGAAGGCAGAAACCAUCAAGGCGGCGUUGGAGCAGGAGCUGCAUUUCUACGAGGAUGUCUUUGAUAUCAAAGGUAUUCAAGCUUCGGCUUCGGGCUUAUAGACCAGAAGUAUACGGCUAUAGCUGUUCUGGUGUAUUGGACCGUCCAAGGCGUAGUAUCGGACCGGGGUUCAAGUUGGCAUUCUGGCAUCGCAGGACUACGGUCACGGUAGUAUGGCAGGAGUUUGUAUCGACGAGACUCUUUGCUCCCCCGUAACUGUUUGAUAUAUCGUGAUGCGCUACGACUGGG